UUUACUGUGUGUGAACGAGGCUGUUGCAGUAAUGUUGGUAAUAAAUUGGAUCGCUCGUUAUUGGAGCAAAACAGCAACAAUAAAAACGAGCAACGAAAGUCGAGAAGAACAGACGUAGGAUCGCAAGCAUGUGGAAGAUCAAAAAUACGCUUUUCUGAAUAUUUCAGCAACGAGAAAAAUAUACACGAACGUUUGUAUUUGCUGAAAAAGUUUUGGACCGCUGACGCAAUAACGAUACCCGUGAGAUUACAGUAG